CAUAAACGAUUUACAUAUUGCAGAUAUUUUAUGCGCCAAAUACUUUUUAUUUUCUGAAAUAUUAGCCAAGAAGAUUUUUCCAGCAAAGAUCUAUUGGACUACUACAGGAACGAUAAUGGAGGGAAGUGACCUAGUGGUAAAAUGUAGUACACAUGGGCGCAAGGAAGACAAAGUGGCAUAUGUUUACUUGUGCAUUAACGGAGUUGUAGUGCAACAUAAGAGAACUAUACAAGAAGACACCCUUUUCAUCAUGAAAAGUGUUACUGGCCAACAGACUGGCAAUUACAGCUGUGUGUUCUCUAAAACCCAGUUUCCAUUAUCUGAAGUGCAAGGAAAAGGAGAUAAUUUCCUUUCCAUCCAGGUGAUGGACCGUAUACUCCCUGSAGACAUAUCACUUGCAGGCUCAAGAACUGUGAGAAAGGGAGAMGGUGUGGAGUUUAAGUGUACAAUCUCAGASCCAAGUUUUCAAACAAAAAAUACCAGUGACUUAAUUCACGCUUACCUCUGCAAGUAUGGCUCUGUUGUUCAGAUCCAGGUGUUUGAUGUAAAGCGCACGGAGGUAACRUUUACGAUUAAAAGUUUUAAUAAGAAUGACGCAGGUAACUACAGUUGUGUGKUUGAUCUGCAAUCAAAAKRCCUCAAWGAUAAAGACAGAACAUUAUAUGGAAAUAAUGCAGUAUUUCUACAGGUUGAUGUGUCCUGGAGUCACUUAAUCACACUCGUGUUGUGCGCCUGUUUUCUUCUGAUCUCAUCACUGAUAGUGGGCAUARGGUGGCMGUUCAUUAAACAAGGAGCUUUACAAUGUUAUUGUGGAAGAACACAACAACAGGAGGAGAACGAUGUGCCAAUGACAGGGGAGGGUGACGACGGAACGUCAAACGUGGAGGAAGAAUCCAGUGAUGAAUUUGCCUAUGCCAGUGUGGCCGGUGGGGAGGAGUACCAGGAUCUGGGUGUUGAGAUUGAGACAUACCAUGAGAUGGAGGAUACCACGUACCACGAAAUUCUGAUGCAGCAGAUCAAGGCCCAGAUGCAGCAGAUCAAGGCCCAGAUGCAGCAGAUCAAGGCCCAGAUGCAGGAGAUAU